CUGUCAAGACAAGUCAAGUUUCUCCCAAGCGAGUUGCUGUCGUAGGUGCAGGGGUGGCUGGACUUGCUGCCACAGCUGUCCUGGAAGAGGAGGGGUUUGAUGUGAUUCUUCUUGAAGCAUCUGACUACCUUGGCUGGACAGUCUAAUGGACAGAUAAGCUGAGCAGGACACACAAUCUGAAGAACAGACUUACAGGACAGACAGAUUACUUAUGUAGUUUUUACUUAAUGAAGUAAACACAAUGACUAUUGAUGAUUUUUACUGUCAACUCUUGUGAAAGUAGGCUGAUGAUUAACAUUGUUCAAUUGCAAAGAGUCCCAAAAUAUUAGUAUCGUUGAUAUUUUAGGUGGUCGAAUCAAGACAGCUCAGCCUUUUAUGGGAUUCCCCCCUGUUGAUCUUGGUGCAGAUUUUAUCCAUGGCUCAGAAAAUGUCAUUUAUGAAAUAGCGCAUGCAAACAACUGGAAAAUAAAGGGCUAUGGAGAAUCUAGCAACCUGUUUGAAUCUACAGUUUACCAUAAAGGUGAACUGCAUUCAUUACAUGGAACUGACCCAGACAUCAAGGAAAUGCAUGAGGUCUGGGACCGGAUCACAAAAAUUGGAGAACAAUUAUACCAGGAUAGCACUAAUGAUCAUGAAAGUUGUGAUCAAUGUGACAUUUCUGAUAUGAAAGGAAUUGCUUGCCAUCAAACAAGACAAUGUAGUAGGGCCUGCACCUGUAUGAGUGCUCAAGAUAUGGAAACAUACACACCUGAUAGGACAAACCUAUACCAGAAACUAACAGAAAUGAAACAAAAAUACAAAGAUGAUGAAUUAAGAACUGUCAUUGGUAAUCUAGAUAUCAGUCUAGUGGCAUGGCUUAAUGAACAGGGUGCAACACAGUCAACAUGGGAUCUUUUUGAGACUAAGAUAGGGCAAACAAAUGGAGCACCCCUCUCUAAGCUUGGACUACUAGGUGUUGCAGAGGAAGAGGAAUGUUGGGAUUAUGGCCCUGUUAACUACAGGCUUGAAGGAUCCUAUGCAGUUCUUGUUUCUCAUUACCUGAAAAAAUGCCCUGUGGCUGAUAUCAGGACCAACUGGCCAGUCAGGCAGAUAACCUGGUCAGGUCAAAAUAGCACGUCAAAUGCUCAGGAUAUGCAAGUGACUUUAACAAAUAACAUUGGCGAAACGCUAUCUGCAAACUAUGUGGUCAUCACAGUCCCUUUGACAAUCCUCAAGGAUGGAGACAUCAUCUUCUCGCCACCACUCCCAAGAGAAAAGGAAUUAGCCAUUGAAAGACUCCACAUGGGUACGGCCUUAAAAAUUGUCUGUCGCUUUGGAAAACCCUUCUGGGGUCCGACACAAUUCAUUUAUGUGACACAUGGAUUUAUAAGUCAAAUAUGGACUUAUACACGUGACCAGCACGUGGACGGCGAGGAAUGCCACGUGCUUGUGGGUUUCCAGUCUGCCGAGCAUGCAGCCCAGAAGGUUCACCUAGAGGAGGAGGUCGUCAGGGAUCGUUUCCUGGAGCAGCUUGAUCAAAUUUUUGGUUCCCAUGGCAACCCCCGCCCAGCCUCCCAGUGCUUCAUGAGUUGCGUGUACUACCAUUGGUCCAAACAUCCUUACGUCAGAGGCGGCUACAGUGCAUCUAGCGCGCAUGCGUACGGGAUGCGCCGCGAACUUGCUAAACCUAUCAGCGGCCGAUUGUUUUUCGCGGGAGAGGCAACUCACGUGACAAACCCUGCUACAGUCCAGGCUGCUAUAGAGACGGGAAGGAGGGCUGCCUCGGAAGUUUUUCGAGCCUAUAGGUCUCCAAGCACAGUGGCGGUGGAAGCAGGGAAGACCUAGUUUUAUAGUACCAUUACUGUUAGAACAUGAGGCUAAAGGCGAUGUCGAAAGACCUUAUAUCCAGUGCAGGCAUACGUCGACCCCAUCUUCAUGCACUAAUUUAUGAACUAAACUUGGGGUAUAAAUGUAGCCGUCUGGUUUUUUUUUUCUUCUCUAUAAGCUAUAUUUUACGAGUUUAGUUGUCUCUUAUUUUUGUGUCGGUACUAAGUAUGUUAAUGAACAAGGCUGGCAACUUAAUUCUCAGAUUCAGCGCGAUUUUUGAAAGAUUUUAAAAAUGGCCAAUCACGCCGCAUUUUUACGCUCCCGCACAAUACCAUCGCACUCAAAGAAUCCAUCGGCCACUUCAAACAAAACUCCACUUCAAUAAAACAUUGUUAAUAAGGUAUUACACUUCAGGUGUGGAUGGUUAUUUUGUUCUUUCCUUGCAAAUAAACCGAUGUAUUCUUAAUUGUAAACAA